CAAUUCCCCCUGUGGUGAGUCUUAUUUUAUCUCAAACUCGGCCUGCCUCUCAGAUUCUGCAGGCAGCUGAAGCAGAGAGGGGUAACAUCAAUAGAUGCGUUCGACCGUGCGUCGUGACGACAGUACGAGGGCCUGGCGUCGUGCGUAGCGUAACAUUCCAUUGAGAAGAAGAGGGAAAGAUGGCGUCCUCUAACAAUCCGCGCAAAUUUAGCGAAAAAAUCGCUUUGCAUAAUCAAAAGCAGGCGGAGGAGACUGCCGCUUUUGAAGAAGUGAUGAAGGACUUGAACAUCACCAGAGCCGCUCGGUUGCAGUUACAGAAGACCCAGUAUUUGCAACUAGGGCAGAAUCGUGGACAGUACUAUGGAGGCUCACUGCCCAAUGUCAAUCAGAUUGGGAAUGGCAACAUUGACCUGCCUUUUCAGAACUCUGUGCUGGACACCAGUCGGACAAGCAGGCACCAUGGACUCGUGGACCGUGUUUACCGCGAUCGUAACCGCAUCACGUCUCCUCACCGUCGCCCACUGUCAGUGGACAAACAUGGUCGCCAAAUUGACAGCUGUCCCUACAGUUCAGUUUACCUCUCCCCACCGCCAGACACAAGCUGGAGAAGGACAAAUUCGGAUUCGGCCUUACACCAGAGCGCCAUGAACCCGAAGCCCCAGGAGGUGUUUUCAGGAGGAUCACAGGAGCUGCAGCCAAAACGAGUGCUGCUGCUUACAGUGCCUGGGACGGAAAAUUCAGAGUCAGAUGCAGACAAGGAUGUACAGAAGCAGCUGUGGGAUGACAAGAAGGAUGAUGCAUCUCAGCCUAAUACCUGUGAUGUCCCAGGAAUCAAUAUAUUUCCGUCACCAGACCAGGAAUUAAGCCCGUCUAUGGUCCCAGCUGCUCACAACACUGGUGGUUCGCUGCCGGAUCUGACUAACAUCCAGUUCCCUCCUCCGCUGUCCACACCACUUGACCCUGAGGAUACCGUGUCCUUCCCCUCGCUCAGCUCAGCCAACAGCACGGGCAGCCUGACCACCAACCUUACCCACCUGGGCAUCAGUGCUGCAAGUCAUGGGAUCACCACACCCUCUCAGCCGUCCAUGACUGUAACGGGCCAGCGCAGGCAGCCACCCGUGGUGCCACUUACUCUCACCUCUGACCUCCACCUCCAACAGUCCCCACAGCAGCUCUCACCCACGCUCUCCUCACCUGUUAAUAUUACACAGGCUUUGCAAACAGAAACAUUAACUUUGGAGCAACAGCUUUCCCAGUAUCCCCUGUUCAACCAGCUGACUCCUCAGGCCCAGGCUCAGCUACUCAGUGACCUCCAGAAACAGCCGGCGCUGCCACAGGGCAUCCAGCUCAUCGCUCUGCCAACUCUGGCCUCGUCUGGGACAGCCACUGCAAGCAGCCCCUCCCCAGACAGCCAAACCACCGCCAGCAUGAGCAUCAGCUCGUAUCGCAAUCAGACUGGCUCACCAGCCACUCAGUCUCCAACCUCCCCAGUCUCCAAUCAAGGCUUCUCCCCUGGAGGCUCGCCUCAACAUAUUCCUGUAGUGGGCAGUAUAUUUGGCGACUCCUUCUAUGAUCAGCAGCUGGCUUCGAGGCAGACCAAUGCGCUCUCUCACCAGCUUGAGCAGUUCAACAUGAUUGAAAGUCCCAUCAGCUCGUCCAGUCUUUUCAGCCAAUGCUCCACCCUCAACUACACGCAGGCAGCCAUGAUGGGCCUCACCGGCAGCAGCUUACAGGACUCACAGCAACUCAACUACAGUAGCCAUGGCAACAUCCCCAACAUCAUUCUAACAGCUGUCUGCGUUUCUCUGCUGUCACCUUUCUUAGUCACAGGUGAGUCUCCGCCCAGCCUCUCUAAAGAGCUGACCAACUCUCUGGCAGGUGUUGGUGAUGUCAGCUUCGAUGCCGACUCCCAGUUCCCCCUGGAUGAGCUGAAGAUAGAUCCACUCACACUGGACGGACUGCACAUGCUCAAUGACCCCGACAUGGUGCUCGCUGACCCCGCCACAGAGGACACGUUCAGGAUGGACAGGCUGUAGCGAGGCUGUGUUGGAGCAAAGAGGGAAAAACAAAAACACUAACGUGAGUGAAGAGAAACAAAGGGCAGGAUGAACCCUCUCCCUCGUUGCAUGGCCGUCCAGCUGUAUAACUCUUUGAAAGAUGCGCCACCAAAAAACACAACGGGGAAAAAGUCGUCCAUUGGCUUGCAACGGGAAUGGCCUCGCUGUUGUUUUGAUAGAGAUUGGUUGCUCGGCGCUUUCGCUAGCCUACUCUUGUUUACAGUGCCCCAUUACAUGCCACAUAUAUCUAAAAAAAAUGCACAUUAUAGCCAUUUUCUUUUCAUAUCCACAUUCAUUUUAAUAUUUUUUGCUUGUAGCAGGAAGCUGUUAAUUUAUUGGGUAAAAUAAUUGUUUUGGCUAUGUAUAAAAGAGGAGCAAAACAAACAACAUAGCCGGUUUACUCACUACCCCUCAAUGAAACAAGUUCUCCUACCAUAACAUGAUGACUUUCUUUUUGACACUCAAAGCUUUAUUUUUGACAACCAAAUGUUAUUUUCAUGUUGUAUAUGUUUUUAUGCUUUGUGUAUUUAUGUUUUAUUUAUUUAUUUAUUUAUUUGGUCAAAGGGUUGAUAUUUUAUAACUUAAAUUUGAUGCCAAAAUGUCUGUAGGUGGAGUGUAAAAUUUCACUGAUGUAAUUAAUUACAAACACAUAAAUGUUUUUUUUUAUUAUUAUUAUUUUAAGCUUUUACUUGGGAAACGAAGGAGUGCAAAACCUCCCCAUAGUUGCUCUUUUGGUGUUAGUUGUGCCAUUAUUUAAUAUUGUGCUGCAGUCCAACAAGCAAAUCUAGAAAUUAGUUCUAAGCACCACUUCAGGUGGACCUUACUGGGAUUAUCACUCGUCAGGAAAUUAAAUUUAACCAAAACUAAAGAAAAGUCCAUCAGAAUUCAUUCUCAUCAAGAAAAAUGCCAUUAUAUACACUAUAUUGCCAAAAGUAUUCACUUAGCCAUCCAAACAAUUUAUUUCAGCUGUUCCAAUCACUUCUGGGGCCAUAUGUGUACGGUAUACAAUCCCGGAUUUAGGCAUGCAGAACACUUCUACAGACAUUGGGGAAAUAUCCAAUGUGUCAUUCUCAGGAGCUAGGUGAGAGUUGUGGUUUUAUAGAAAACCACCUGAACAAUAUGUCCAGUUGUGACAUUUGCUGACCACUAAAUAUUCCUUUCAACUUGUAGCAGUGUUACAAAAGUGGAAGUAACUCAGCCAGAAGUGGUAGGUCAAAUAAAAGGUGCACUGCAUUCAGAAAUCACCAACUUCAGAUCCUUCAGAUUAGCUCAGUGUAUAGAACACUUCAUGAAAAAUGUUUCAAUGGCUGAGCAGCUACAUCCUUCCCGUACAUCAUCAAGUGUAGCAUAUAGAAUCAGAAGCGUUGCUGUCUGAAUCUAGUAGUUUGUGUCAGGUGUAAAGUUUGGUGAAGAGUUCAUACUCUUAGUUCUGGUGAAAGCGCUUGAAACACUUCAGGAUACGGAAGUGAUAAAAAUGUGGAUUAGAAAGUUUGGUGGGGUAGAUCAGGACUGGGCUGCACAGGGUCCUGACCUCUCUUUAGGAUGAAGUAGAAUAGCAAUUAUGGGCCGAGCCUUAUGCCAUGUUCCUUUUACCUUGAAAGUGUGAACUUGAAGCUGUGUUUUACCUCACACUCAAGGUAGUAUUGUUCCAGUUAACAUAGUGUGAGAAGUCCUGCUUGCGACAUGGCAAUGCCCACUUAGACCUUGCUUCCAGUACCUCUUGCGAUCUUUAUUUUAAGAUUUACUUUCCAUAAGCACCAACACCACUCUUAAUUUUAGUUUUAUAGUUGCGGGCACUACAUGUAACAUUGAUUUUAGACACACUCUUUCAAGUUUGAAAGAGUGUGAAAGAACAUAAAAAUGUCAUGUAUAGCAGCCAUGUUGAAACUGGAAGUCAACUUUACAAAUCACAUUGAGUGGGAAAUGCGUCUUCAGGGGGCAUUGACGUUGAUUUUUCAGACUGGGAAGUCAGAAUUUCCGAGUUCUUGCUACAAACGGAACACACCAUUAUCGUCCAGCAACAGUAUCUGGUCUCACAAAUAGACUUUUGAAAGAUUCGCAUGAACACACUCCUAAACCUUGUGAAAGUCCUUCCCCUAAGAAUCGCAGCCAUUCGAGCUGCAAAAGACAGGCUGACAAAAUAAACCAUGUGAAUUAACUGUGGGAUGUCACUCAAGGUCAUAUAUGUAUUAAGAGCCAAACAAGGAAAUACUGAUGGCAAUGUAGUUUAUAUUUAAGCUGAGAAGUUCACUUGAAAAGUAACACAUUUGUUUUAAACCAGAGUACAUUCAAAUCUGAAUAUUUUUCAGUCACUGUGAAAUCACCUGAUUUUGCCUUACAGUAAUAUUCUGCUGUUCUACUUCAGUGUUUUAUGUGACGACGUAUUUUCCUAACUUAAUAUUUGACCUUUUCUUGUAUUUGAGACAAACUUUGGUCAGUCAGUAAUCUUUGUGGUUAUGUAAAGUGUAAACAAAUCGAUGUACUGUAUUUUAUAGCUGUACACUUGAUAGCCAAAUUGUCUUUUUGUUUUUUAUGUGGGACAAAAAGAAAACAGGGGGAAAACAAAUGUCCAAGAAAUGAUGUAAAGAAUGCAAUUAUGGGGAGGCUUUGUGCUCCUUUACAGGGGGUCUCUAACAAAAACGCAGCUAAAGUUAGAUACAGACAGAGGAAUCCGAAGUCAAGUGAAGUGUUUUAAGAUGCACUCUAAGAUUUUUAAAAGACUUCUCUUGAAGAAUGUUUAUAUCCUCUGUUUAGAUGAGGUGCAUAAAAGCUAGCUAAAGAUCUCUUUAAGACAAAGUCUUAAGUGUAAUUAUGUGAAAUGUACAAUGUUUCAAAAACUCAAAUCUGCCUUGUUCGUUCAGUCUCAGAAGCAGCAGAAAUGGCUUCAAAAACAAACACUUCACAAAUCUUUCUAGCCAAACCGUUUACAUUGUCAUCUGCAAUGAGUUCUGAUCUUUGUUGCCAAAAUGUUUCCAGUUGCACGGCUGAUGUUGACAACAUUACCUUCGCAUUCAGUGCCAACUGGUCCGACUCAGCCUUUUUGUCAGAGUUUCCCUGAAAGGCUUCUGUAGAUUUUUGGGAUCAUUUUUGGCUAACCUUAAUGUUCAGGUGUAAAUGUAUUGAAAUUUUUACAGACUGUCUAAAACACACCCAAAAUGGGAAUUACACCUGGGCGGGUUGUGUGGUUUAAAGCGUUCAUUGUGUCCAGUAGACAGCUCCAUCAACAGUUUUGUUUGCCUUCAACACACCCUGACUCCUAUGCAAAUGAGAUGACAAAAAAAUCUAUGGAACUUAAAGGAAAAAUCCAACUUUUUCCAUAUGCUCAGCUGGAUUUAUUCUUCUGAAGCAUAUUAGAGGUGUUUUUACUUAAAUAUGCAUGAAACUCCUCUGAAAGCUUUGACAGAUGUAGUCAUUAUGAGCUGCUUUUUGUAAUAAAAAUAAUAAAAAAAACUGUAGAGGCUUACACUAAAAACUUUAUUAGGCCCAAUUUCAGCCAAAAAUCUAUUGGUUGUACUUUGUAAAAUAUGGCAAAAAAGGCUAGUUUUGAUGUUUAAGUGCAGAAUGGGAAUGUUUUGGUGGCGGUAUGACAAUCAAAAGACCAAAAUUGUGUUUUGAAAUGAUAACAUAAGAAAAAAGUUUCUACGCUGCAGCAUAAAUCCAGCUUUAAAUUAAUGCUUGAUGUUGCCUUCUUCUUUUUGGCAAUGCUUAUAUUUUGUGGACAGUAGGGUUACUCAGUUAUGAAAAAAAAAAUCAUGACAAUUAUUUGAGCUUGACCACAUUUUUUGCACAAGCUUUAGCUCAAAAGUUUUAUAUAUUUUUCUGAAUUUUAUAUUUUACACAGUAGCCAAUCUUUUUUUCACCUAAGGCAUAUUUAAUCAAAUGAUUGAUAUAUAUGAUCAGAAAUGUCUUUAAAUUUCAGUGAAUAACAGCUAAACCUGACUAUUCACUAACAGACAGGUGGCUGCAGCGACAAAUACUGUCUCUAUCAUGUUCUUCAAUUGCUAACAUUGUUGCAGAGGUUUAAAAACCUUUUGCUUCCAUGAUGCUCCAGUUUUAAAAUUGAUUUUUUUGAAAAUCAGGAACACUAGAAUAUAUGAAAGUAAAAUAAACAAUCUUUUGUGUGAUUGUUUGGAGCCAAGAUUGCAUUACUAAUUUGAUUAAUUGUACAUCCUCACUGGACAGAGCACUUCUCUCUGCUCAGUAAGCUGAUAUCCACGUUUAGCUGCCAGCUGUUAUUUAAGAUUAAACAUAACCUACAAAAAGACUUAGUUACCUAGAAAUGACUCCAUCACCAAUGUUGGAUUUUUUCUUUAAGCCUAGGCAUUUUGUGCAGAUUUUCUGUUUCCAAAGGUUUGCGUACAUAAGACUUUGCUGUUGUGAUGCCAGUGACUGGAGCGUCACCCCAGUCCCUCAUCCUGCCGCAGUCAUUCAAAUGGACUUUGUACAUAAAGCUGCAACAAAAUGCAUGACUAAAUGGACAGUUCAGACCUCUAAACGGCCUUCCAUAGCUCUGCAGGUUAGAUUUGUGUAACAUUAUGCUAACACAAACCGUCUAAAGGGAUGCAUGUUAUGAGUUUCUUCCUGUGCAACAGUAAACUCCUGUUAAGUGACUCUGUUACCUCCAUUUCUGUGCGAUGCUACUUCACGAAUGAUACAAGAAUGUAACUUCUGUGGCAGUGUUGGGGGUUUAGCCCAAUGAGCUGAUGUUUGGAGGGUUUGGUUCUGUCCCAGCAAGUCAAGGCUCCCCUCACCCCAUGAAGAAACUGACUGUUGCUUGUACCGCUCUCUCUUCACACUGUAGCAUCUCUCUGCAGUCGAUUGUGAAAGACCCUUUUUCAAACAAAUAGGAGAUGCCGCCCUGUAAAUGUUCCAGAUUGGCACGCGCUCUGAUUGUUUGCAUUUGUGGACCUCUGAAGCAUCUACAUUAUGCAGUAAGCUGCAUGACAUGAUUGACACAUUUAGCAGGUUCUUAUCCCAUGCUAUGUACUGGAUCUUAAUCUUGCUAUGUUAAAGUGGAGCGUGUUUUAAGACAUGUUUGUUUUCUGAUGUUGCCUACCAUGUUUGGUUCUAGGCUGGAUAAAGUGAACUGUUUCUGUUACCGUGCAAUGUUUUAGUCCACUAGUUGCUUCGCACUUUAACUGUGACUCCCUGAUGUUUGAGCUGAGACUGUUCAGCCCGAUGUGAAUGCUGACAGUUUCAUAGCAGAGAUAUUUUAAUGUAAAAGAAAAAGAUGGAUUCUCUAUUUUCUUUUGGGAACUACACUUUGGCUUGUCCUGGUUGCUUUUUUUCUCUGUUUUUGUUUGAAGCUGUUAAAACUUUUAGAAGAUGCAAAAUCAGAAAGGGCUUAUUCCGGUGCAGCUUACACUCUAAUGUUGGAACUGAACAAAGGAUACUGCGUUUAUGUUUCCGUGCUUCUAUGUUCCCCAGUUUUAGAAACUAAAUCUGAUAUGUGUAAAAAUACGUGUUGAGGAACAUGCUUCAAUUUCAAAAUUAUAAAGAACUGAAAGGAGACCUGAAACUGAUCUCUAUGUUUUCAUUCUUCUCAUAUUUUGUUGAGGGAGAUUUUGGAUUAAGUACCUUCUCUCAUUUUCAGGGUUCUUACAGUCUGGAAAAGUAUCAAAAAAUAAGUUGGAGGGAAAAUAUUUCUGCAUUUACAAACUAUCCCUUUAAAACUUUCAAAAUACGACCAUACAUUUAUCUGUCCCAUCAUUCCUGCGUGUCUGUCUAUCUUUCCUUCUUUAUAUAAGAAAUAUAGUGUCAUCAACAGACUUUUUUUGUUGGAUGUUGAAUUUAUAACAGAAUUUUUAUUCUGUUCAGUUAUGAAUCUGAUUAUUAUUUUUAUAUUGUACUUCAAAUUAACCAGUAACAAUUAAUCCUAAGAAUUGUACUUGUUGGGCUCAUUCGAUCACAUGAUACCAGUACAUUGAUUGACUAAAAGCUGCUCAACAAAAGCUGUUGAUUGCUUAGUUUGGGUCACCAGAAGGUCAAUACAUUUACAAGCAAAUUUGAAAUAAAAGACAAAUUUUCAUACAUAAUUGCACAGAAUAAGAAUAUUGUAAUUUAAAGUCAGUGUCUAAAAUAAGUCCGAUUAUAUUAGAGACUAUAUUUCUUACAUGUCACACAUCUCCAUUAGUCUUUUUGUAGAUUAUAUAUUGGACAUGUAAUUUGACUUCUGUAGAAACACCUUAUACAAGUAUACAGUGUAUCUCAAUGUUCUGUGUUUUAAUACGAGCCAAAAAAGAUUAAUUGAUGUUAAACAUUUUGAUCUGAAAAACAUGCAGGCAACCUGAUAUUUAUUAUGUAUAUAUGUUUAGUAUUAAACUGCCAGAGAUUGCGUCUUCCCUUCAAACAUAUGAUGAUGCAAAAGCCAACCAAACCUAAAGCUGUGAAAUGAUGAGACAUGCUAAAAGUUUGACUUUUUUCACCAGGCAAGUUUGGAUUUUGGAUAUUUGUACACUUUUAAGAUAAAACUUGGUGAAUUUAAUUCUCUCAUUGCAUCUGCCUGAGGUCUAGUUGACCAGAAUAUUGAACUGGUGAACAUAGAACAAUGGAAACAUAAAUGUGGUCUAUUGUACCUCAAUUUUUAUGUUUCAAUACUUCUAAAAAGAAAAAAAAAACAUAGCCUUGGAGUAAAUUUAAGAGUUCCAGCUCUUACUAGGACUUUCCCUUGCUUCCUUAUUUACUUGUAAUCUCAAAAUCAUUACACUCAAACAGUUUGUAUUUAUAUGCUGUUGCAAUGCUUCACAGAAGUAGCUUGGACUGUAAAGUAAUGGUUGUUCAGUUUGUCUCACAUCUGGACAUAUGAAACAUUAUGGGGCGGGGAGGUUCAUAUAGGAGACACUAGUGUGGCAUUAGUUAUCAGCAAAUGCAGCACUAGGACUUGAUGUCAGAUUUGGCAGCUUGUCAACUUUAUGUUUAAGAGGUACAAAAAGUCUCUUAGAGUAAAAGCAAGAUUAGACUUGAAGAUGAAAGUUUUUACCUGACUUGUUUUUUUUUUGUUUUUUUACAUCUACACAUCUUAAAUUUUACCUUACACUCCUUGUUUUAGUCUGAGACAAACUCGUAUUACGCUGCAGCACAACAAUCAGGUUGUGUUUAAAGAACAUUGGAGAUGGAUUAUGUAUUUUGUCUGUAAAAGAAAAAAUGUGUCCAAGAUUUGCUGCUCAGUCAGAAAAUUAUGUCCCUUUAAUAACCAGGGGUUACUUUUCAUUGAGAUCUAUAUGAAAAACAGUUUUAUGUUCCACUUUAAGCUUAUCGUGAGAAUAGCAUUAUAUCACUGUUGUCCUGUAAGUUGUAGUGAGACUUGUAGGUAUUUAUUUGUUGCCAUGUGAUUCUCUUUUAUGUGACCAUUUGUUUUUAUAAAGCUGAAAGAAAACCCUUGAUUAAAUUGAAUGUGAAGGACAGAAUUUUUCUCUGCAUAUAGUCUUGAUUUUCAAAAAAUACUGAUUCGGGACAUAAAGAAAAGUUUUAUUAACAUCACAGCGUGUUGCUGUAGACAUGCAUGUUGUUUCAGUCCUCUUGUGAAAGUGUUUUGGCUAUUGUUUCUAUUUUGUAACCUGUAAAUGCAAAUUUAAAAGAUUAUUUUGGAUAUGUGCAUGCUUGUGAAAUGUUCAGAAUGUUGAUUUCCACUAAAAGCUGUUGAGUUUGGAACAAAAAAAGGUCAUGUCUGUUACUUAAAACUAAAUAUACUGGCCUUUUGAGGAGUAUGUAUUUUAAAGAUGUCUAGACGUAUCUAAUUUUAGUUAAAGUUUUUUUAUUUUGUUUAUAAUAAAAAGAGGUGAAGUUGUA